AUGGAUGAUCGACGUCUUCCACCCGAGUAUGCCCACCGCUACAGCAGCGCCACUUCACAAUUUCCCCAGCUCACACCUACUGAUGUCCCCAAGGCCCCCAUCGUGCCAACGGUGACUGGCGCGGCCGCGUCACCCGAGCGGACCCCCGAGUGCUCCCCUGGCUGGUCGCGACGCCGGCGACUCAUCAUCGCCGCGGUAGUGGCAGUGGUGGUAAUUGUGGUGGUAGUCGGUGCAGUGGAGGGCGUCAGGGCCAACCGAUACCCCGAUUAUACGCCGUUGAACUAUCAGCUGGUCGAUACAUACCAGGGGACUUCCUUCUUCAAUCAGUUCAAUUAUUUCUCCGAUAAAGACCCCACCAACGGGUUCGUGGUGUAUGUCAACGAGGAGGUGGCGCAGGAUCUCAACCUCACCUAUGCGACGGGCACCUCGGCCGUCCUGCGCGUGGACUCCUUCACGCCCAAGGCCGUGGCGGGUCGCAACUCGGUGCGCAUCGAGUCCAAAGCCAGCUACGACACGGGCCUGUUCGUGUUUGAUAUCAUCCACACCCCCUACGGCUGUGGGACCUGGCCUGCACUGUGGCUGACCGACGGGUACAACUGGCCCAUAAACGGCGAGAUUGAUAUCCUCGAAUCCACCAACUGGGCUUCGCACGGCAACGAGGUGACUCUGCACACCACGCCCGGCUGCAAGAUGAACGUCAAGCGCAAGGAGACCGGCUCCGCCGCGUACGAGACGUGCGAUAACAGCACCAACGGCAAUGCUGGCUGCGGCGUGAUCGGCGACCCGUCCACGUACGGACCAGCAUUGAACCAGAAUGGCGGUGGGAUUUACGCCCUCGAGCUUCGCGACGCAGGCAUCCGCGCCUGGUUCUUCCCCCGCAACGCGAUCCCAUCCGACAUCUUGGGAUCCAACGGCAAGCCCGACCCUUCGACCUGGGGCACCGCGCUGGCGGACUUCCCCAGUACGGAAUGCGACAUCGCCUCGCACUUCCGCAACCAAAGCAUCGUCGCCAAUAUCGAUCUGUGCGGUGAGCUGGCGGCACAGCCGCAGUAUUACACCCAGAUGUACAAGUGUCCCGCGACAUGCUCCGACUUCGUGGCGAACAAUCCGAGUAGCUUUGAGGAGGCAUAUUGGGAGUUUGGGGGGUUCAAGGUUUUCCAAGCGAUUUAG